AUGACGACGACGACGACGACGACGACGACGACUUUCGCGUCGGUCGUCGCGACGCGCGGAGUCGUCGACGCGCGCUCGCGCGCUCGCCCUAAUUUAUUAUCCUUCAGAGGAGGCGGCAUCGCGCGGCGUAACAACGACGGACGCGUCGCGACGUGCCUCUCCGCGCCGCCGCGACGCGUCGUCGCGACCGGCGCGCGUCGCCGCGGCGCCCGCGCGCGCGGCGUCGUCGUCGUCGCCGCCGCAUCCGCGUCUUCUUCGUCUUCGUCGUCGUCGUCGCCGUCCCCCGCGCGACCGCCGCGCGGUUCUCCGCCUCCGCGACAUUCGACGGAGAAGCGCCCGGGGGACGACGCCUCCGCCUCCGCGCGGCGUCGCCGCGCGUCGCCGUACGGCACGCCGCCGUUCGCGCGCGUCCUCGCGGCGUCGAUCCUCUUCGCCGCGUCGCUCGCGUCGCCGGCGCGCGCGAACGCGGCGGCGAGGAGGACCGCGUCGUCGUCGUCCGCGACCGCGACCGCGACCGUCUCGAGCGUCGAGCAGAUGGUCUCGAGCAUCGAUCCGAACAUCGUUCGGCUCCCGGAGCCGGUGUCGCGCGCGAUCGACUCGAGCGCGCAGAGGGUCGGGAGGGAGAUCCGAGCGUUCGCGCGCGGGUGCGAGCGCCACAUCAAAGACCCGUGGUCGAUCGAGGACGUGUGGCUCAUCGUGCUCAUGCAGCUCGCCAUCGACAAUUGGCGGCGACAGCUGUACGAGUGGAGGUUAAAGCGGCGACGACGCGUCGAUGACGGCGGCGGCGAAGGCGACGAAGGCGGCGAGAAGGGGCCCGGCGAGAUCGAACCUUUCGCGUUCGACGAGAACUCGUUCAAAGAGAGCCUCCUCGGGUGGCUCGGAGGGCCGAUGAAGACGCUGCAGGCGGUGUGGGUCACGCUGUACGCGCGCGAUAACGUCGUCGUGCGAAUGUUCGGAUUCGACGGCGGGUUCGCCGGCGGCGGCGUCGUCUCCCGCGGCGUCGGCGACUUCGACCUCGCCGUGUACACGCUCGGUCUCGGCGCGGUCGCGGUCAUGUGCAACCAGAGGUGGCUCCCGGAGCUGUUGAGGACGAAGGCGAAGAUCGCGGAGGCGUCGUUGCGGAUCGUCCUCACGCGUCUCGUCGCCAUCUUGCUCUCGCUCGGGCGCGUUCUCCUUCACACUGGUCCCCGUACGACCGCGUCGGCGCGGUGA